GUAUCUGCAUGCGCGUCGAACACGAAGAAGAAAACUUGAACUACUCCUCGAGAACGAUUGGAUGAACUUUUUGAAACUGUUGUUGUUUUUUUACGAGGUUGUUUUAAAAAUAUUUUCCUCUUUUUGGGGGGUUGUGGCUUUUUAAAUAAGACGUGACAACGGUGAAUUGUUGUAAGGGGAAAUAUUGAGGGAGUUCGCCCUUUGACGUUAGCAUGUUAGCUGCUAGCCGAGAGUCUCUGCAGCACUCUGCUGUAAACUUCACCGCCGGUGGACAAAAUGUCUGUUCGACGAGCUCUGGUGGACUGUACCGUGCUGUCGUUACAAGAUCCUUGUGUGUUUUAUCCGUGCUGCAAGAACUGCUUCUGCAGAAUGGAUGUGGAGCCACGUAACACGACGAGAUCCAGAUGUUCCAGGUGUGCCUACAAUUGUGAAAGGUAUCAUCUGGAGUACAGAUAUCGUCUUUCAGUGUUGGUGACCAGGGACACAAGUAUAUUUGGAGUCACUGUGUUUGGCAGCUGUCUGAACCCAUUCUUUGGCAUCCCCGCAACUCAAUUUCAAAGAGUGUUGGAGAACUCAGAUGGACCGGGAGAGGCAUCAACCGGAUCCAAAUUGCUUGCCAGGGCCGUCGAGGACUGUUUUAUUGGCAGACAUCUUGUCUUUGGGAUAAAAGUGACAGAUUCACAAAGUUGCCCAUGGUUAGGAGAUCGUAAUCCAGGUGCUUCUGGUGGCAAGGACAUGCCCCAGUUUACCGCCACUCAGCUGAUUUUCCCAAAAGUCGCAGGCUUGGAAGGGCACUCUGUCCUCAGGUGCUAUCAGUGCCUCCUUCGGAAAGCAGAAGAACAUCAGCGGGAAUCUGUUGAUUCCAACAAGUCCCGCGGGAUCAUGACCACAUUGCCACGACAGAUUCCUCAAGAUUCUCCUGCCAGCAGCUUCAAUAACGUCACCCUAUCCCGUCUUUUUUCCCACUCCCUGCAUAGGUCACGGCACCACGACGGCAGCCUCACUCCAACGCCGCCAUGGCAACAAUCGCUGGGACUUGUUACUUCAUCCGCCGAGCAGGAGGAAGAAGAGAAAGACUGCUGCACAUCCGAUGACAACCAAUCCACUGCCAAAGGGCAAUGUACUUUUUUUGACACGCCGCCGUUUUCUCUCUGCUCGCCAGCGAGAAACAUUAUCGACUCCUCCUUGAAGCUUUUGACCCCCGCUAUCCCUCCACGCGUGAAUUAUCCUCUGGUCUCCGAAUGUCAGGCCUCCAGGCAGCCGGAAGAUUCACUUUUGUCUCGUUCACUGGUGUGGGAAGAUUUGCCUUUUUCUGAGAGUCUGACAGCGUUUUUCAAUGAGCAAGAUAAAUAUUUUGACACAACAAAAGACAACAACCUGCUUAAUGAAUCUAUUUCUGCUUGUACCAAUACCACAAAGGCGCCAGGAAGCAAGUCCCGGAUUUUAACAGACAUCGCUAACACUAAAGCGCUCAACGAAGAAGGUGAAGGUGUCUACAAUUGUUCUUUGGACCUCUUUAGUUUAAGCUCAGUGGACCUAUGCGAGGAAAUCGUGCAGCCGCCAAGAAGUCAAAAGCGCGUCAAAACAGCCACUGAAGCUCAUAAAACACCUUCUCGAGACAUAACACACUGGGAUCAUUCUUUAUGUCUUGACUUUAUUCCAUCUUCUCAGUCUACUCCCAAUGUUAGAAUUUGCCCAUCCUCCUCUUCCCCACAUCCAUUGUCAUCCCAGAGACUUAAAAACAUCUCAAAAAGACGAUUCAAGAAGCACUGUCUCGCAAUCCAGGGAGGGAUUCGGAACGGAAAGCCGGCAAGUGAAUGUGACACGCCUCGGAGAUGGUCAGAGGACGACUUUGUCAUUGUCCCUCCCACUCCUGCUAAACUCAAGGUGGAAAAUGAUUGCUCUCAGGAAAAAAUGCCAUCGCAUUUGGUGGUAACAAAGCGGUGUGACGCAGCAGGCUUUGGUGGAAUCGCACAAUUGGACCACACAAUCAAAGAAAUGCCAGCUAACGUUUCCCUAUUUAAAGACGAAGCCUGUGAUUGGUCCAGAGAUCUGUUCUCGGACUCUGUAUGAAAACUUCGGUCCCCACUUCCAUUGAAUUGAAUGAUAGGGUCACUCGCUGAUUUUAGCAAUAGACAGGGUAGCCCUGUGGAACCUCUAAAAUUGAACACAAUCCAUUGUGGAAUGCUUGCCCGCUUCUGAUUUGGUCAUCAUCAAUCAUCCUGUAACAUGUUUUAAAACUGAGAAGGAAAUUUGAUAUAUUAUCAAAUGUAAUGUUCCAAUGAUAUCUUCAAUCAUAUCUUCUUUACAUGUCUACACAACUACAUCUAAGUUUAUAUAUCCUGUGUUAUGGACUCAUCUUAUCCUGUGUUAUUGUUCUCAUCUUACCCUAGUUCAGAAAAUAGCAUACUCACUAACUACAAUGGCAGGAGGAAACAGUAGGUCAGGGCAACCUGGCUGCCUGGCUCAAAAUACACAUUGAGGCCAGGGACAGCGGUGAGGAACAAACGUAUGUUAGAAUGGAACCAUUGUUGGCGUCUUCAUGCAUGUCAUGUCGUAUUGACUGUGGGUGUAUAUUGUUACGACAUGACAGGCAUGCCUGGGUGAGAGCAACAAGCCCAGCCACCUGGGCAGACAUGCCAGUUGACCAGCCGCAACAAUAUCAGUAGUUGUAGGGACAAAAACUAACAUGAACCAAUCCAUCCAGCUUCUAUAUCGCUUGACCUCAUCUUUGUGGGCAUACACACGGAAAGGAGAUUGAAACUCCCAACCUCAGAAGGGCGAGGGAGACGUGAUGGGUGUCUUAAUUUAUAUGCACACUGCACUUUUUAUCCUAUCCAGCUCAGACAUGUUUAAGGUAGUGAAACUGCUGUGUGUGCGUGCGCGCGCGUGAGAGAGAAUGAUCACAUGCUACAUAAUAACUUUAUGCCAAUAUUGUGUAAUUCUUCUUUUGUAAUUCUUUUUAGUCGAUUUUAAAACCUGUAUGAUUGUAAUUCAACAAAGAUUAAAUAAAUGUAUAACAACAUA